AUGUAUAAUUUAGAGAACCCUGACACAAGUGAAGAAUAUGAUAAGUCCUUUAUUCAAAUGUCAUGCCUUAGAAGCCAUCAGACAAUGCAUAAUGGAGAGAUGACCUACCAAUGUGAAGAUUGUGGCAAGUCCUUUCGUCGAAUGGCUAAUCUUAGAGAACAUAGACGAAUACAUACUGGAGAGAAACCCUACACCUGUGAAGAAUGUGGCAAGUCUUUUAGUCGGAUGCCAUAUCUUAGAUUACAUCAGCGAAUACAUACUGGAGAGAAACCCUACACCUGUGAAGAAUGUGGCAAGUCUUUUAGUCGGAUGCCAUAUCUUAGAUUACAUCAGAGAAUACAUACUGGAGAGAAACCCUACACCUGUGAAGAAUGUGGCAAAUCUUUUGGUCGAAUGUCACAUCUUAGAGUACAUCAGCGAAUACAUACUGGAGAGAAACCUUACAUAUGCAAAGAAUGUGGCAAGUCCUUUAGUCGAAUGCAAUAUCUUAGAUUACAUCAGCGAUUUCAUACUAGAGAGAAUCCCUACAGAUGUGAAAAAUGUGACUGGUCCUUUACUGAUAGUUCGAAACUUAAGAAACAUUACAGAAUUCAUACUAGAGAUAAACCCUACAAUUGUGAAGAAUGUGACAAGUCCUUUGCUAGGAUGUCAAGUUUUCAAUUACAUCAGCAAAGUCAUAAUGGAGAGAAACCCUACAAAUAUAAAGAAUGUAGUGAGUCCUGUAAUCACAUGUCAAAUUAUAGAGUGCAUAAAAGAAUUCAUAAUGGAGGGAAACCCUUCACAUAUGAAGAAUGUGGAAAAUCCUUUAAGCAAAUGUCAACUCUUAGAGUACAUGAGAGAAUUCAUACUGUAAAGAAACCCUACAGAUGUGAAAAAUGUGAUAUGGCCUUUACUGGCAUGUCAAAAUUUCUAAUACAUAAGAGAAUUCAUACUGGACAGAAACCCUAUAAAUGUGAAGUAUGUGGCCAGACCUUUUGUCAUAGGUCACAUCUUAGAGUACAUCAGCGAAGACAUACUGGAGAGAAACCCUACACAUGUCAAGACUGCGACAAGUCCUUUAUUGACAGCUCAACACUUAAGAAACACUACAGAAUUCAUACUGGAGAGAAACCCUACAGAUGUGAAGAAUGUGACAAGUGUUUUAGUCAAAUUUCAAGUCUUAGAGUACAUCAGAGAAUUCAUACUGGAGAGAAGCCCUACAGAUGUGAACUAUGUGACAAGGCAUUUACUUGGCAGGACAACCUCAGGGUACAUCAGGUAGUGCAUACUGGAGAGAAACUGUACAAAUGUGAAGAGUGUGACAAGUCCUUUGCUUUCAUGUCAAAUUUUCGAUCACAUCAGAGAAUUCAUACUGGAGAGAAACCCUACAAAUGUGAAGAUUGUGACAAGACAUUUACUGAGAGCUCAACACUUAGGAAACAUUAUAGAAUUCAUACUGGAGAGAAACCCUACAUAUGUAAAGAAUGUAACAAGUCCUUUACUUGGAUAGCAAGUUUUCAAUUACAUCAGCAAAGACAUACUGGAGAGAAACCAUAUAAAUGUCAAGAAUGUGACAAAUACUUUACUCAGGCCUCAAAUCUUAGAAGGCAUGAAAGCAUUGAUACUGGAGAGAAACCCUACAAAUGUAAAAAAUGUGUCAAGUCCUUUACUCAAAUGUCAAGUCUUAGAAGACACCAGGUAGUGCAUACUGGAGAGAAACUGUACAAAUGUGAAGAGUGUGACAAGUCCUUUGCUUUCAUGUCAAAUUUUCGAUCACAUCAGAGAAUUCAUACUGGAGAGAAACCCUACAAAUGUGAAGACUGUGACAAGACCUUUACUGAGAGCUCAACACUUAGGAAACAUUACAGAGUUCAUACUGGAGAGAAACCCUACAUAUGUAAAGAAUGUAACAAGUCCUUUACUUGGAUUUCUAAUUUUCAAUUUCAUCAGCAAAUGCAUAUUGGGGGGAAACCCUACAAAUGUGAAGAAUGUGACAAGUCUUUUAGUCAAAUGUCAUAUCUUAGAGUACAUCAGCAAAUACAUACUAGAAAGAAACCUUACAAAUGA